GCCACGCGCCACCACACCCCGGCAUGCGAGAGCGACGGGACGGGCGCAGUCAGUACGCUCCUGACCGCCGCACAGGUCCGGCAGCAGCUCGGCCCCGGACUCCUGCGGACGACACCCGACGCCCGACGCCGAGGACACACCUGGACUCCGGCUUUUCCCAGCGCCAGCGGUUGGACCAGCGACUCCGUACUCCAAGCCUGUUGGCUCAAUAGAGGCUCGGUGUUCUGCGUAGUCUCACUCACAAAGGACCAUCCGCAGGACCCUUCGCAGGACUGCCCUACACCCAGAUUGACAUGGAGGCGACAACGUUCACGCUGGAGGAGGAGAGGAAGAAGCGUCCGGAGGUCAAGGAUGAGGACCUCCAGGCCUUCAGAGACUGGGUAGACAAGCAGCCUCACCUGCCCAAGGUCUCAGACGCGGAGCUGGUGCUGUUCCUGCACACCUGCUACUACCGCCUGGAGCCGGCCAAGACCGCCCUCGACACGUACUUCACGGUGCGCACGCACGCGCCGGAGCUCUUCACGGACCGCACCCUGCAGAGCGCCGAUGUGUCCGCGGCCUUCGGCAAAGUUGUACUGCAGACUAUCUUUCCAACCAAGGCCAAGGACGGAUCCACGGUGUCCUUCUUUAAGCUCAAGGACACCAACCCCCGAGUCUACUCGUUCACGACCAGCUCCAAGGCGUGGUGCGCCCUCCAGGAGGCCUGGAUCGCGCGCCACGGCACCGAGGAGGGGCUCGUCUGUGUUCUGGACGUGAAGGGCGUCUCCUUCGGCCACCUCGCCGUCAACCUCACCAUCAUGGCCAAGUUCUUCGUAUAUUUCCAGGAGGCCCUUCCCGUCAGAAUCAAAGGCUUAGUUUUUAUCAACGCAUCUUCCAUUAUGGACAAUAUUCUGUCUCUCAUUAAACCUUUUCUAAAGAAAGAGCUAACUGAGAUGAUAAAAAUCUACAAGACUGCGGACGGCCUUGCUGAUUUACUUGACAAAAGUGGCAUUCCAUCGGACUUUGGCGGAAGUGAGAAGAGUUUGGAAGAACUACAAUCCGAUUCGAUCAAGCUCCUCAAAACAUACGAGAAAUAUCUUCUUGAGCAAGAGAAGCGCUGUGUCGACGAAAGCCAACGACCGGGGAAAGCAAAAACCGAAUCAGACCUAUUUGGUGUACAAGGAUCAUUCAAAAAGCUGGACCUCGAUUAGGAUUAUUUGCAGGAACGUUAACUUUGGGCUGGUCCCAAAGUAAAGUAAAAAAUAGUCAUAAUAAAAACAUUCUACCAUCUA